AUGUCGCCAUGGAGGACAGGAACGGUGGCGAUGCGAGAGAGCAUCGGAGAGGGCGGUGCAGCGGAAGAAGCACGGUAUUUCCAGGGGGCUGCAGAGGCGUGCACCGACAGCCCUAACUGCGCAUUCUUCAUGCUGAAUACGGACGAAGGGAAGGUGUACCUUUGCCCAGAGAAUAAAGGGUUUUUGCAUGCAUCUCCAAGCUCAUCCUGGACUAUCGGCGUGAGACCGUCCACACUUCAACGGCCUGACUACAAAGUGACCAUGAACAAACAGGCUAUCUGCGGGAGCGUUAUCUCACAGCAGACAGUGACAUCUAUUGACGAAGCCGAACUGCGUGCCCGAACACUAGGAGCUGAUGUGUUUUCGCUCAACCUCAACAGAGGGGCUGCUACUGGUCCGUCCGUCCCUUCAAUGACUGUUUUCUUCUGCCACGGAGCGUCCGAUCGUGCACGGGUGCUAUGUCGUGCAGGUUUCUUGACGGAAGAGAGCCAAGCAAGAGCGGGCCCCGCUAACCCAGUGGUAGGCGCCAACAGGCACUUGCACGGGCGAAGCAAAAGAAGUGCCAUGCGCAUUCUAGAGCAUCGCCGCACCCUGCGGGCUAAACGGGAGCAUCCAGCCCGACACGGCGAAAAUUCCUGA